UGUAUCUCCUUGCUACAUCCAGGGAUGCCAGAAUUUGGCGAAAGUGGAAGCAAUUCUUUGGAAGUUUCCAUGAUCGCAGCCUUGCUGGGAGUUGGAGGACUAGCGGUGGCUGGGACUUUCAUUGUACUUAGACGUCAGAAGGUAGCGAAACCAAUCGAACCUGGUGCUUCUGCAGGCGACAACCAGUCGGGCUCGAACCGAACCUUGGCGAGAGCAGCAACAACGGAGAUAUCAAUGCCGAGUGACAUCUACAUGAAUCGUGACUCAGCCCUACGACCUAGCCGUGAUGUUGACUCACAUACUCAAGGAAUGGAGAACAUGGCCUAUUCGAAAGAGACAGAAAUGCUUCCAAGUCAGAAGACUAGCAGUUGUACUGACCACCACCAAAAAUCACUACCAGAAACUUGCAUCAGCGGUGCCGGGUAUUUGUUUGAGGAUGACGACGAUAUCUAUAAUGACAUUAUUGAAGAGAAUCGGGUUAAAAAUAGACCCCAGGCGGAGGCACCACCAGUGAACAGAGCUAGAGGUGAUGACCGAAUAACAUCACGAGGGAAUGGUUCCUCCUCCUAUGUAAUCGCCAAGCCGGGAUUUGGAAAUGAGGGUGCACAAGAGAGCGGUUUCGCCUCCUAUGAAGAUCCAAAGGCGGGAUGUGUAGGUCAGGAUGCAGGUAUUGCCUCUCGGCGGAACAACGCUGACGUGCAUCAGGCUGGCACCGUGUCGACAGCAUCAAGUUGUGCAUCUCGCCGUAUCAGCAUGGAUACCGAUAUGUAUGGCAAUAGCAGUACUGUUAGGGCAUACUGUACUGAUACAAGACCAGGUAUUGGUGAUUAUCUUGCACCAGGAGAGGCUUUAUCCAAAGUGAAGACAUCUACAUCACAGCCAAACAUCAAUUCAAGUCCACGGGAUGCGUGCAAUCAAGGAAGCAGAAUGCCAAAUGAGAUAGGCCAACAGUUUCCAAUGAAGGAGUCGACAUUCACCGGAGCAAACUCUCAACCACCGCCAGCGACACGUAAAACGAAGACGCCACCACAGCUACCAGGUGAGCCCAAGUCAACACCGAGGCAACCGCACAAGGAUAUAUAUUCUGAGCCUGCCGGAGGAAACAAGCUUCGGAAUACAUAGAAGCUGCCUGAAAUAGUUCAGAUCACGUGACAUUUCUGGAAAUGAUAUGUAUGGCAGUGUAAACUAACAGUAUAACAUGGUUGUAUUUUUGAAUUAUCACAAAUCGUCCAAUUUUUGCUCUCAACUGAAUGUUCAAGUUCACUCUUUUGAAAACUAGUUUAUGCCCAUCCAAAUUUA